AAUAUUUUUAGAAAAGAAAAGGAAACUUAAGAAAAACUUAACCCCCUAUUCACAUAAGUAUAUGUGUUUUAAGAUUUAAAAUAAUAUGAUUACCUUUCAGAUUAAUUAAGGUGCUCCCUCUAUCAGAUUAUAGCCCCCUCCCCCCCCAUAGGCCGUCAGCCAUGAAGUGAGGUGAGAUGCAUGAGACGAUAAAGACAAGCGACUGGGCAGGAUGCCUCUGACUUUAUGGAGAAAACUGUGCCUCUCAGAGCAGAAUCCUUAAGCCAGAACACCAGGAGAAGCGGACCCUUCGCACCCGCCCGGACCCCGCGAUGCCCGCCCCUCAGUGCGCCUCCUGCCACAAGGCCCGCGCCGCCCUCCGCCGCCCGCGCUCCGGCCAAGCGCUGUGCAGCGCCUGCUUCUGCGCCGCCUUCGAGGCCGAGGUGCUGCACACGGUGGUCGCGGGCCGCCUGCUGCCGCCCGGCGCCGUGGUGGCCGUGGGGGCCUCGGGCGGCAAGGACUCCACGGUACUGGCGCACGUGCUGCGCGAGCUGGCGCCGCGCCUGGGCAUCUCGCUGCGGCUGGUGGCCGUGGACGAGGGCAUCGGCGGCUACCGGGACGCGGCGCUGGCGGCCGUGCGGCGCCAGGCGGCGCGCUGGGAGCUGCCGCUCACCGUCGUGGCCUACGCCGACCUCUUCGGGGGCUGGACGAUGGACGCCGUGGCCCGCAGCACAGCCGGCUCGGGCCGCAGCCGCUCCUGCUGCACCUUCUGCGGGGUGCUGCGGCGGCGGGCACUGGAGGAAGGGGCGCGCCUCGUGGGAGCCACGCACGUCGUGACGGGCCACAACGCGGACGACAUGGCGGAGACGGUGCUCAUGAACUUCCUGCGGGGCGACGCGGGCCGGCUGGCCCGGGGCGGGGGCCUGGGCUCCCCGGGCGAGGGGGGCGCCCUGCCGCGCUGCCGCCCGCUGCAGCUGGCCUCGCAGAAGGAGGUGGUGCUGUACGCGCACUUCCGCCGCCUGGACUACUUCUCCGAGGAGUGCGUGUACGCGCCCGAGGCCUUCCGCGGCCACGCGCGCCACCUGCUCAAGCUGCUGGAGGCGGCGCGGCCGUCGGCGGUGCUGGACCUGGUGCACUCGGCCGAGCGCCUGGCGCUGGCCCCGGCCGCCCGGCCCCCGCCCGCCGGCGCCUGCUCCCGCUGCGGGGCGCUGGCCAGCCGCGCGCUCUGCCAGGCCUGCGCCCUCCUGGACGGCCUGGACCGCGGCCGGCCCCGCCUGGCCAUCGGCCAGGGCCGCCGGGGGCGGGACGAGGUGGGGCCGGCGGCGGGGACUUCGCAGGAGCGGGAGCAGGUCCAGCCCCCAGCCCGCGAAGCCGUUCCAGCUGUCCCCACCUUCUAGGGACCCCAGUUCUCCACUGGGACCCGACCAAGGAGCGCCUGUAAAUGACACUGAAUAAACCUGAGGGACUUUUGCGCAGGGCUUCGCUGUGAAAUCUGACCCUGCAGGAGCUGGGGGCCUGGGCUCCAGGGUCUGAGGGGGGAGGGGGCUGAACAACUUUCCACUCCUGAGCGAGUGGGAAUUGGGGGUGGGGGUGGGAGGCUUGCCUCACAUCUCUGCUAACUUCCUGAUCACCUACUGUGCGCAGGCGUGUCCUCUUUGCCUGCAGGAGAUAAACAAAGCCGCCUGACUUGAUGGGCACAGGGCUCAGUCAUCAAGGUGCUCCUCUGAGCCCUGCCCACCCCGCAGGCCCGCCCCCUCUCAUCAAUUGCACAAUCUCAUUGGCUGUAGCCUGAAAGGUGGAACCUGGCCUGGGGUCACCUGGCUGGGGAGGGAGCGAGCUGGGGGUCACACCA